AUGAUUACAGAAAAGUUUUGCCUCACUCGGGACCGCCUUGUUUUACACCAGCAGCUUGCUUGUUAUCAGUCUUUCUGUGCCAUAUUGAAUGGCAAAGACAUAUUGGUUUACUAUCACAUGGAUAUGAAAAAGCUGCAGUUGCAAUUGACUGGCCACCACAGUGACAUCAGUGUUAUGACUUUUGGAAAAGGUAACAAGCCAGUUCUCUGUUCUGCCUCUAAUGAUUAUCUUAUCGUCUGGGAUAUUGAGAGUUGUCAGAGGAGGGCCAGAGAAGGCAAAAUUCCUGUUGGAACAGUUAUUGGGACAUUGGUGGGAGAAGUUAUUCAUCUUUCUUUUUCUUCUGCUGAUGAUAAAGUUGCUGCAUGUACUUUAGAUACUGUGUAUGUCCUGAACUCAAAGAAACAAGAAACAAUUUCAUCUUUAACUGGUCAUCUCGGAUCAUUAACCUCUGCAGAGUUUUGUUCUUGGAACAAUAAUAUUUUGGUCACUACGUCUGAGGAUCGUACUUUCAAGGUGUGGGAUUUACAGACUGAAUCUGUUAACUAUCAGUCAUUUGUCCUGUCUGGGUCUCCAUUGAUCAGUGUGAUAUUUUUGCCUGAAACACAACAGUUUUGUAUUGGAUCAUUGGAUGGCCAGGUAUGGUGCUUUUCUCUUACUAAUGUGGAAAAGUGCCACCUGGUGACCAAAACAGAUCUUCAAAAGGUAGAAAAAAGGUUCAGAAUACUUCAAGAGUCUUUGGGACAGCAAGCAGGAGGUACCAUACAAUGCCCAAGUGAAGUGGAGACUGCUAAACCCAUUCUUAAAAUGGAAUUGUCUUCUUUAACUGAUACAGAUGAGAAAAAGAGCUGGAUAUGCAUUGGAAGCACAAAUAGUCUAUACAUGUUGGACCUGGCAACCGCAGAAUUGUUAACAGUACUUUAUUUUAAAGAUUAUCCUGAGUUGAGCAUCACAAUGGCGGGGGCUUAUUCUACAUCUGUGAGCCAAGCUGAUAACUCUAUUCUGCUGUUUGUGAGCUCUUUGUUUACUCCAUGUUUGAGUCUGUUGGAGAUAAAUAUCUGUGACCUGCAGAAGACCUGGGUUAAAGGUGAAGGGCUUUCUGUGUUUCCGAGUUCUCCUCCACUGCCAGAAUCUCCUCUGAAUGCACAAUUAAAGAAGAAGGAUGUCAGCAUUCCUAAAAAGAAAGCGGGAAUUAAAGAUCAAUCCUUAGUCUUCAACACAAAAGUGAAGUCAUCUGGGUACACCAGUGCUCCGAGAAGAGUUAUGUUCACUUCCAAAACAAAUGUUAAAAAAGGUCUACCAUCAAAGACUACCAAUGCAAAAAGAUUUAAAGUUCAAGAUUACCCUGAUGAUUGUACAGUACCAACACUGUCAAGGAAGGAGUUUGUCACAUCAAGCAAACCUGUGUACACCAUGGAAUACUCGGGUGACGGAAAACAAGUCUUGUGUGGUCUUGGCGACUGCUCAGUGUUACUGUGUCGGUCUUCCCUGACAGGCAAACCCACUGUCUAUACAGGGCAUGACAAGGCGGUGAGCAGUGUGAGCUGGAGCCUCAGCAGACAGUGGUGGCUAAGUGCCUCCGAGGACCAGACGUUGCGAAUCUGGACCCACAAGAGCCCAGAGCCUGCUAUUGUAAUGGGUAACAAGGCCUUCUCCAAACCAAUCAGACGUGCUCAAUUUUACUAUCUGGACAAAUUCAUACUUGUGGCAUCAGGACGUUUGCUUCACAUGUAUCUGUACGAUAUAGACACUAAUCAUGAUGACAUCAAAAGGUACCAACAGCAUAGUGCUGUCAAAUUGGCAACAUCAUUGUCUAUAUCAGCAACUGAGAUUACAGCUUUGUCUUCAGCCAAUGAUUUCUUAUCUUACAUCGUUUUGGUGUGUGGAUCGGAUCGGUCCAUCCAGAUGUUUGACAUGAACAGAGGUGCAGUUGCUGCAGAGUUACCGGAUGCCCACAGUCGAGCAGUCCACUGCAUUACACAGAACAAGGGGUCAUUGUUCAGCGUUCAGGCUUCUGAUUCAUAUAAUCUCUUCCUCACAAGUGCUGUUACAGAUGGCAUCAAGAUCUGGGACCUUCGAAGCCUUAGGUGUGUGCGGAGAUAUGAAAACCAUGUAAAUCGUUGCCACUCCUGCUCCUGUGCUCUUUCACCCUGUGGGCACUACAUUGCAACAGGAUCAGAAGACAAUUGUGCCUAUGUCUACGAUGUUCGAAGCAGUAGCUACCUCCACAAGCUGCACAAAGAGUCAUCACCAGUGCUCAGCGUGGUCUUCAAUCCUUCCACUCCAGAGCUGCUCACAGGGACUUUGGAUGGGAGGCUCCGACUGUUUCAGCCCAGCACUGGACAAUGUUUGUCUUCAAAUACAAGUACUGUUGCAUAGGACCACC